CACUUCGCACUCUAAACCUGAUAUCGAAAAGAUUGACAAGAACUUGUGGAUACUCACACAGCACAACCCCCAGACACCGGCAGAAUUGAAGACUCUACCGGCGGCGUAGCCAAACGCUUGUUCGUGGAAUGGGCGUUGCACUCGACUUCUUCAUCCGACGAUGGUGGAUAAAUUCGAAUUGGUAUAACCAAAUGAUGUCAUGUUCUAUACCCCGACGGCGGAGAGUUUGACUCCUUGGGGCCCCAGUGUCGUGUCCCACAAUAGCAUGCGGGCUGGGGUUAGAAUAUAAAGGUAGUGGAGCCCUCAGAAGAGCGCUUUUGGUACUCUCAGAUCAGACGAGACUUCAGCACAGGAGGCUGGAUAUCUUUCAUCAUGUAUACGAUUUCAAACAUCUACGUUCUGGCAGCCUUUGGCACAAUUGGUGGUGCCCUCUUCGGUUUCGAUGUCUCCUCUAUGAGCGCCUGGAUCGAUCAAGAGCAAUACCUCGAAUAUUUCAAUCAUCCUAACUCGAAUCUGCAAGGAGGUAUUACUGCUUCCAUGUCAGGAGGAUCUUUCCUUGGAGCCCUCGCAGCUGGAUUUAUCUGUGAUGCCAUCGGUCGUCGCUACUCAUUGAUGGUUGCAUCCGUUAUCUGGAUAAUUGGUUCCGCAAUUCAAUGCAGUUCUCAAAAUGUGGCUCAACUUAUCAUUGGCCGACUCAUCAGCGGUCUCGCCGUUGGUAUUACCUCUUCUCAAGUUUGCGUGUACCUGAGCGAACUUUCGCCCGCAAAGAUAAGAGGACGCAUUGUUGGCAUCCAGCAGUGGGCGAUUGAAUGGGGAAUUUUGAUCAUGUUCUUGGUCGCCUAUGGCUGUGCCAAAGGCGUUAGCGGCCCAUCUGCUUUCCGCAUCGCUUGGGGUGUUCAAGGUAUCCCUGCCUUUAUUCUGCUCGGCUCUCUAUUCUUCUUCCCUGAGAGCCCUCGUUGGCUCGGAUCUAAGGGUCGCUGGCAAGAGGUUGAGAACACUUUGGCCCUUCUACACGCAAAGGGCAAUCUUGACGAUCCUGGCGUACAAGCUGAGCUUCUUGAGAUUCGCGAGGCCGUUGCUGCCGCUCAGAACACUGAGGGUGUUUCUUUCUUCGGACUGUUCGGAAAGAAGAUGUGGAGACGUACUUUGUGCGGUACCACUGUUCAGAUGUGGCAACAACUUCUCGGAGGCAAUGUUGCCAUGUACUACAUCGUCUACGUCUUCCAGAUGGCCGGACUUGGCGAUCAGACUCUCACUUCAUCGAUUAUUCAAUAUGUCAUCUUCCUCGUCACGACCGGCAUCAUUCUUCCAUACAUCGACAGAAUCCCUCGCCGCCUGCUUCUUUUAACUGGAUCUAUCGUAUGCUGCAUUUGUCACUUCACUAUCGCAGGCCUCAUGGCAAGUUAUGGCCACCAUGUUUCCGAAAUCAACGGCAACACAAUUCUCAGAUGGCAGGUCAACAAUGACACUGCUGCCAAGGGUAUCAUCGCCGUCAGUUACAUUUUUGUUGGGUUCUAUGGAUUUACAUGGGCUCCCUGUGGGUGGAUCGUGUCCUCAGAGGUGUUCCCUCUCAAGUACCGCGCUACUGGCGUCGGUCUCUCUGCUGCCACUAACUGGAUUUUCAACUUUGCCCUUGCGUACUUCGUUGCACCGGCCUUUACCAACAUCCAGUGGAGGACCUACAUCAUCUUCGGCGUUUUCUGCUUCGCCAUGACCAUCCACAUCUUCUUCAUGUUCCCUGAGACCCAUGGAAAGACACUUGAAGAGAUUGAUGUCCUCUUCGACGCCAACAUUCCCCCAUGGAAGAGCAGCCAAGUCAAGAGCCGCUUCAGCGAAAGAGUGGACACCGUCAUCCGCAAGGGCUCCGUCACCGAGCACGUCGAGAACGAAGCUGAUGACAAGAAGAGCUCUGAAUUUGCUCUCCAGAAAGAGAGUGUCUAGAUGUUUCAAGCUGGGCUUGAUUUCACAUACAUGGUUUUAAUGCUAUAGAAUUGGUUUGGGGUUGCAUAUUUCUUGACCAGGGGUCGGAAAAUCAUAGAUUUGGAGUUAUACGAAUAUAGAAGAUAUGGCUUUAGAUUUGAUACCUAUUUUAUUGGUUUACAACGCA